AUGGAGUCCAGAGGAUCAAUUUUAAUUAAGCUUCUCUUGCUUCUUCAGUUAUCAGUUCUAUGUCUUUCACAACAAGAUUUUGAUUUCUUCUACCUUGUUCAGCAGUGGCCAGGAUCAUUCUGUGACUCAAAGAAGAGUUGUUGCUAUCCAACAACUGGUAAACCUGCUGCAGAUUUCAGUAUUCAUGGUUUAUGGCCUAAUUACAAAGAUGGUACUUAUCCAUCUAACUGUGAUCCGAAUAGCCCUUUUGACCAAUCCGAGAUAUCUGAUCUCACAAGUAGUUUACAAAAGAACUGGCCCACACUUGCAUGCCCUAGUGGUGAUGGAAUUAAGUUUUGGACACAUGAAUGGGAAAAACAUGGAACUUGCUCAGAAUCAAGCCUUAAACAGCAUGAUUAUUUUGAAACAACUCUCAACUUGAAACAAAAAUCCAACCUCCUUGAAGCUCUUACAAGUUCAGGAAUACAAGCUGAUGGAAAUUCCUACAGUUUGAGCAGUAUCAGAGGAGCUAUAGAAAAGGGAGUUGGGUUUACUCCAUUUAUUGAAUGCAAUGUGGAUCCAUCUGGUAACAGCCAGCUAUAUCAAGUGUACUUGUGUGUGGAUACUUCUGGAUCAAACUUCAUUGAAUGUCCUGUGUUCCCCCGUGGAAAAUGUGGAUCUGAGAUUGAGUUCCCAACUUUUUAA